ACUCCCAGUCGCGCACACACACCGAGCUCGAAAAGCUGUUUGCUGUUGAGGCCUCGCUUUCGCCGCCGCCGCCGCCGCCGCCGCCGCCGCCGGAUCCUCUAACUGAUGCGGCCGCGCCGCCCUCAGUGAUCGCCCGGAGAUCCCCGAUCCAGAUCGUUCAGUUCCCCCGGAGCCGCGUUCCCUUUUUCUCCGUUCGGCAGGGCGUUUCUAGAGCGUUCUUUUGCCCCGGUCGGGUGCGUCGGGGUUCCGGUGAAUUCAAAUGGCUUCCGAGGACGUGAAGGCGAGCGAGAAGGCGGUGUCGACGAUCGUGAACCUCGCGGAGGAGGCGAAGCUGGCCAGGGAAGGCGUGAAGGCCCCCAGCUACGCCGUCCUCAGCAUCUGCAAGUCCCUCGUCGCCGGUGGCGUCGCCGGAGGAGUGUCACGCACUGCCGUUGCUCCAUUAGAAAGGUUGAAGAUAUUGCUGCAGGUUCAAAAUCCCCAUAGCAUAAAGUACAAUGGUACAGUUCAAGGCUUAAAAUAUAUAUGGAGAACUGAGGGCUUCCGUGGACUGUUCAAAGGCAAUGGUACCAAUUGUGCUCGUAUUGUUCCAAACUCUGCAGUCAAGUUCUUCAGCUAUGAGCAAGCUUCCAAGGGAAUAUUGUUGUUGUAUCAGCAGCAGACUGGCAAUGAAGAUGCUCAACUCACUCCCCUUCUACGUCUUGGGGCUGGGGCAUGCGCUGGAAUAAUUGCAAUGUCUGCCACUUACCCCAUGGACUUGGUACGAGGCAGGCUAACUGUACAGACAGAGAACUCCCCUUAUCAGUAUAGAGGAAUGUUUCAUGCACUGUCAUCAGUGCUCCGUGAAGAAGGUCCGCGGGCCUUAUACAAGGGGUGGCUGCCUUCUGUCAUUGGAGUGAUUCCUUACGUAGGUCUCAACUUUGCUGUAUACGAAUCUCUGAAGGAAUGGUUAAUAAAGAACAGACCAUUUGGACUAAUGGAGGACUCUGAGUUGAGUGUCACUACAAGGCUUGCCUGUGGAGCUGUUGCAGGAACUGUUGGUCAAACAGUGGCUUACCCUCUGGAUGUGAUACGCAGAAGAAUGCAAAUGGUGGGGUGGAAUAAUGCUUCUUCCAUAGUAACAGGUGACGGAAGAGCUAAGGCUGCUCUUGAAUACAAUGGCAUGGUUGAUGCAUUCAGGAAAACUGUGAAGUAUGAGGGCUUUGGAGCAUUGUAUAAGGGUUUGGUUCCAAAUUCUGUCAAGGUAGUUCCAUCCAUCGCCAUCGCAUUUGUGACGUAUGAGAUGGUCAAGGAUAUAUUAGGAGUUGAAAUCAGAAUAUCAGAUUGAACUUUGGAGCAUUCUCUGGUGUCCGUCAAAAGUGUGGUAUUUUUGUAGGGCAGGGUUAGAAAAAAGGGUGGAGGUUGCUCUAUUCUUCUCUCUAAAAGUAAGUCUAGAAUAUGUAAUCCAGCUCUGAUAAUUGCUCCCCCUUUGUUCUCGUAUUGAUGUCUUGUUGUGAACUUGCUGUAGCUGUUGGCUUCUCAUUCAUGUGUUGUGUCAAUAAGUAUGUAGGAGGAAUAAGGCAAGAAAUACAGUUCAAUGGCUUUUGAUGCUGUGUGAAA